AUGAGAUCAGCAAUUAUUGGGACUGUUUUUGGAUUUUACCUCCCUGCUAUCAUAAUGUUCACCAUCUACCUAAAGAUUUUGAAUGGAGACAGGCACACAGCAUCCAGAACACAACAAAGACUGGAGCAACUGUCAGAACCCAGAAACAUGGCACCAGAAGUCACUGACAACCGCACUGAUGAAAUACAUCCAUGUUAUCAAAUAGAUAAGGUCUCUAACACACUGAUACACACACGCUCUGCAAUAUGUGUUUUUUUAAACAUUUUCCUUGGGUCAUUAUCUGUUGUAACAGUUGGUGGAAACCUUCUUGUUAUAAUCUCCAUCAUUUACUUCAAACAGCUCCACACUCCUACAAACUAUCUUAUUCUCUCUCUGGCUGUGGCUGACCUGCUUGUUGGUGUUCUAGUUUUUCCUCUCACCAUAGAAUUCUCUGAAACCAUUUGUCUGUAUCAUACUGAUUUAUUUUGCAAAAUGCAGGGUAGCUUUGGUAUAUCAUUAUCUAUAUCUUCUAUUUUGACCUUGUGUUGUAUUUCUAUUGACAGAUAUUAUGCAGUGUGUCAGCCUCUGACAUACAGAACGAAAAUAAAUGAUAAUGUUGUUGUGACCAUGAUCCUGGUGACCUGGGGUAUGUCUGUCAUAAUUGGACUUUUCUUUAUAACUGCAGAAAUAGACACAGAAAACUGUGGAGAAACAUGUUUUUUUGAGAUUGUGAUAGUAAACAUUAUAAGUAUGAUUUUCAUGUUUGGCCUUCCGAUGAUCAUAAUGCUCUGUAUCUAUCUCAAGAUUUUCCUUGUUGCACAGAGACAGGCAUGCAGCAUCCACAACACAACAAAGUCUGGAGCAGCUAUCAGUAAGACGGAGAGAAAGGCCACAAAAACUCUGGCUAUUGUAAUGGGAAUUUACUUGGUGUGUUGGUUUCCUUUCUUUCUUUGUUCCUCUAUUUAUUUUUUCAGUCACUUUAACCCACCACUUCCUUUGGUUGAGUUUCUUAACUGGCUUGCACUGUCAAAUUCAACAUUCAAUCCAUUUAUUUAUGCUUUCUUUUACACUUGGUUCAGAUCAGCUUUCAGAAUGAUCAUUUCUGGGAAAAUAAUUCUAGGUGACUUUACUAACUCAAAGCUAUUCUGA